AAACUCCCCCCACCACAAAUCCGCCGAAUUUACUCGAAUCCGAAAAACCCUUCCCCUUCCCCUUCCCCUUCCCGGCCUCAUCCCCACCACACCGGCGGUCGGCCACCUCCUCCUCCUCCGACGGCUACGGCGAUGGAUCUCUCCGCCGUGCACGCCGCCCUCUCCGACGGGUCGUACGCCGCCGUCGCCCUGCUCUGCGACGACCUCUUCCUCGAGGCCGCGUCCCGGGGCGCCGCCACCGACGACUGGCCCUACGCCGUGCACCUCCUCGCCCACCUCUACCUCAGCGACCUGAACAGCGCGAGGUUUCUGUGGAAGUCGACGCCGCAGGAGGCCAAGGACGCGCGGCCGGAGCUUGCCGCCGUCUGGAGGAUCGGGCAGUGCCUGUGGAACCGCGAUUACGCGGGCGUCUACACGGCUGCGCAGGGGUUCGAGUGGGGCCCUCAAAUCGCUGAUUUCGUGUCUGCCUUCCUAGAAAGCUACAGAAAGAGGAUAUUCCAGCUGUUGACUUCUGCAUAUUCCACAAUCAGCGUUGCAGAUGUGGCUCACUUCAUGGGGAUGAAUGAGGAGGAUGCUACUAACUAUGCCAUGCAAAACGGUUGGAGCUUGGAUGCAUCAGCUAAGAUGCUUACUGUCGUAAAACCAAAGGUUAAGACUAACCAGAAGCUUGAUGCAAGCAAACUGCAGCGAUUAACUGAGUGUGUCUUCCACCUGGAGCACUAAUGUCCUGUAUUACAGGCAUCCCCUGUGACUCUUAAGCAGCCUAGUUAUCACAUGAUAGCAUGAUGCCAAACCUCAGGUUACAUUUUGGCCGGAAAUUAGAGUUAGUUCAGUGUUGAAUUUGCAUCUGCAAGUGAUUUCUGGUUAGCGAUCUUUGCCCUUUUUUUACUGGUUGCUUGUUGAUAUGUUGGUGGUCCUUGCCAGACUUGCACUGAGGUAAAUGACAAUGUGCUUAGUUUCUUCAACUCAUAAGUUAACAUUCUGAUUUUGAAGUAUGAGUUGAAAAUUGUUUCUGUUCGAAAGAGUCCUUGAGGAGCCUACUUCUGGCGUUUAUGCUCAUGUUCGUAGAACAGCUGCCAAUUUUGCGUAUGUAUUGUCGGGAUUUUAAUGAGAUUUUUAUCCUAGACGAAUGGUCAAUAACUUGGUUACACGCGUGAACAAUACCUGUAGUUGUAAUGCGUACAUUGCAGCAGCAUACCGUAUGCUUAGUAUCAUUGUUGGUAUGUAAUGGAUUUUCUUUGGCUAGUAUUAUUCUGUGAAGUUAUGCUGAGGGAGGCCUCCUUACACUAGCAACUUUUCUAAGGC